GAGACGUUCGACCUGGCGCGGUGCACGGGCGCCGCGAGCCUCUUCGACGCGCUCGCGUUCACCGCGGAGGGCCUCCACCCCGUGCGCCUGGUCCGCACGUCGUGGCUGCUGCAGCAGCGCGGCACGGCCCCGAAGGGGCGCCAGGAGCUGCUGGAGAAGGCCAUCGUGUCCGCGGAGGAGCUGCGGGCCGUCUGGGAGGCUGGCGGGCGAGGAGGGAAAGACCAGGUGGCGCCGAUCAUCACCAUCUCGUUCUGCUGGGACUCGCGCGAACAUCCCGACCCCAAGGGGUUGCAGCUGAACUUGGUGGCUGACACCCUAGAGAAGGAGCGCCGCAAUUACUCCACAGCCAACGGCGAUUUGAAGUGGUUCAGCGAGAUGGGAGUCUUUCGGGACUGGCCCUCGCUGCCGCAGGGCGAACCCGUCAAGGACAAGGAGGCGAAGGCCGCCGCCCUGCGGCAGGGCAAGAGCGAGGAGGGCGCGCAGGAGACCGCGGACAAGGCGAAGCGGACCCCCGCCGAGAAGGCCGUCUUCAGGCACGGGCUGGAGGAGACGAUGGACCCCUGGUACGCCCAUGAGGCCACCACCGUCCUUCUGCUCACCCAGCACCCCUGCGAGCGGGGCAGCACGCGCGAGUGCGGCUGUGCGACCGGUACGCGGGGAGAGAGGGGGUUGCGCGUUGCGUUGGGGCUUUUCCCCGGGCUCAUCGAGGACAGGUCUUUCACCAGCGACGCGGACCAGGCGGUGAGGGCGCUCUUCCGCCGGUGGAGCCGCGCGCAGCUGGGCGGCGUGACGGAGCUGGACUUCGUUGGGGUGCCGCCCACGGCCCCCGAGCAGUCCGCGAGGCUCUCCGGCUGCCUGCAGCCCUGCGCCCGCCGGGAGGAGCUGGGCCUGCAGUCCUGCCAGAUCGGCCUCGCGGGCGCGAAGGCCUUGGCGGAGGCUCUGCCCUCCAUGACCAGCCUGAAGACGCUCGUCCUGGACAGCAGCAGCAUCGGCGACGAGGGCGCGCAGGCCCUGGCGGGAGCGCUGCCCUCCGUGCCCGGCCUGAAGAAGCUGUGCCCGAACGGCAACAGCAUCCCCAAAAAGGGGCGCGAAG